AUCUGAUAAAAGACCCACUUGUCAUAUAACUAUUGCAUUGAAAGAUCUUGAAUUUGAACCACUUGACAGAUAUAUGCUGCGCCCAAAACCAAAAAACACCGGAUGGCUAGGAUGGCUAAAAAAGGGAUAAAUAAGAACACAAAUAUGACAUAUCCUAAUAUAUAGUAGUGGAGGAUUAUGGGACAAAAAAUAAAUCCACUUGGUUUCAGACUUGGUACAACCCAAAGUCAUCAUUCUCUUUGGUUUGCACAACCGAAAAAGUAUUCGAAGGGUCUACAAGAAGAUAAAAAAAUAAGAGACUGUAUCAAGAAUUAUGUACAAAAAAAUAUGAGACUAUCUUCUGGUGUCGAGGGAAUUGCACGUAUAGAGAUUCAAAAAAGACUGGAUCUAAUUCAGGUGAUAAUCUAUAUGGGAUUUCCUAAAUUAUUAAUUGAAGAUAAGCCACGAAAACUCGAAGAACUACAGAUGAAUGUGCAAAAAGAACUUAAUUGUAUGAACCGAAAACUCAACAUUGCUAUUACAAGAAUUGGAAAUCCUUAUGGGCACCCUAAUAUUCUUGCCGAAUUUAUAGCCGGACAAUUAAAGAAUCGAGUUUCAUUUCGAAAGGCAAUGAAAAAGGCUAUUGAAUUAACUGAGCAAGCGGAUACAAAAGGAAUUCAAAUACAAAUUGCAGGGCGUAUCGACGGAAAAGAAAUCGCACGUGUCGAAUGGAUCCGAGAAGGUAGGGUUCCUCUACAAACCAUUGGAGCGAAAAUUGAGUAUUGCUCUUAUAGAGUUCGAACUAUCUAUGGGGUAUUAGGAAUCAAAAUUUGGAUAUUUAUAGACGAAGAAUAAUAAGAAUAAGACUCUACUUGUCUUUACGUUCUAUUCUGCGAUAGAACAAAAAAUGACAAAUUCUUUGAUUUUUUGAUUGAACAUAAAAAUCAAAAAAUGAGCAGUUCUAAAUUCUAUAAGGUUAAAUAAAAAUUUGAUUGAUCAUUUGAUAUAAUUGCUAUGCUUAGUGUGCGACUCGUUGGGUUUUUUAGGCUUAGGAUUCAAAAAAAAUGGGCGGACCACAGUAUAAGCUAAUAACUAUAGCACUAAUAACCAACUCAUCGCUUCGGAUUAUCUGGAUCCAAAGAAUCAGUCAAGAUAUGAUAUAUUGGUCAUAUCAUUAUAGCAACUGAAUUUUUUUUGCAUUAAGUAAAAGACAAAACCAAUCUGAUUAUGAAUAGAUCGAAAUUGUGAAGCAAAAUAAAAAGUAUGUGGAUAAAUAGAAGGAUGAGAGAAAGAGAGAAACAGAAAUAGCAAUGAAAUGAUAUAGGAUUCCAAUAUGUAAGGUCUAUGAAGCAUCUCAUAAAGAGCAAUGUAAUAGAGCAUCAAUAGAGAUUCAUCAAUAAUUAGAUGAAUAUCUGUUCAUUGAAGAAAAAAUCAAGAGCCUUAACUUAAGUCAAUAAAGACUGAGAA